AUGAAAUCGGUUAUAUUGGCAGGCGGCCAUGGAACACGAAUACGUCCAUUAACCCUUUCAGUUCCCAAACCUCUUGUUGAAUUCUGUAAUUGUCCGGUUAUAGAACAUCAAAUCAAGGCCUGCAAAAAUGCUGGUUUCGACCAUAUUAUAAUAGCCGUUACCGAGUAUCAUAACAUAAUAGAACCGAUUAAACAAUUGGCUGAAAAAUAUGCCAUACGUAUCGAUUUUUCAGUAGAAUCCACUCCUCUGGGCACAGCUGGCCCAUUGAGAUUGGCUAAAGAGUUGAUUUGCAGUGACGACGACAGUGAUGAUUUUGUCGUAUUUAACAGUGAUAUAAUUUGCAAUUACCCUCUGAAGGAGCUGUUGGAAUCGCAUAGGAAAAACUCGGCCAAAGUUACAAUUCUGGUUACUACGGUGGAAAAUAGCAGUGAGUUUGGCGUGAUAUUACACGACGAAAAUGGUCUGAUAAAAUCUUUUCUGGAGAAGCCAAAAAACUCAACAUCAAACACAAUUAACGCAGGCGUUUAUGUACUAAAUAAAGAAGUUCUGGACCAUAUACCUCUGAAAAACUAUUCCAUAGAGAAACAGUUUUUCCCAAAAUAUCUCAAAUAUAAUUCAAGCUAUAUAUAUAAAUUAGAUGGAUUUUGGUCAGAUAUCGGCAAACCGACAGGAUAUUUAAAUGGACAGCACCUAUAUCUAUCACACGUCCAACAAUCGGAAUCAAAAGCUAAUAAAAUGGAAAAUAAUCAAAAGGAAAAUGAAGUUAGUCCAGUGCAGAGUCCCAUGAAUAGUUUCGAAACAACAUCAAGUUAUCAAUCAAGUGAAACUAAGUUAAAGCAGCCUGUUCUAAUUCAUCCAACUUGUGUUAUCGGGAACGGCUGUAUGAUAGGUCCCAACGUAUGCAUAGGUCCUAAUGUCGUCAUCGGCGACGGUUGUAGAAUAUUAAAUUCCACUUUAUUCAGGGAGGUAAAGGUGGAAUCUUACUGUUAUAUUGAGGAUAGUAUUAUAGGAUGGAAAUCACUGAUCAAGCAGUGGUGUAGAAUUGAAGGGUUGAGUGUUUUUGGUGAAAACGUCAUAGUUGACGAAUCCUUGUACAUAAGAGGGUCCAUAGUCCUACCACAUAAAACAAUAAACUCAUCAGUAUACGAGGACGGACGGAUAAUAAUAUAA